AUGGCGCGAAAAGAAGAGCCAAAGAUACAACCGAACAAUGAUUUAGAAAAGAAAAUUAUUGAAGCAUUUGAAGUAUUUGAUCACUCUGGAAAACAAAUUGUGGACGUAAGAGAAAUAGGCACGAUACUGCGUUCAUUAGGCUGUUGUCCAACGGAAGCCGAAAUACAAGAAGUAAUUUUAGCAACUGAGAAUAAGGAAGCAACUGGAAAUAUACCACUUGCUAACUUUUUGCCUUAUAUGUGUAAAGUUAUGAUAGAACGCAGGUUUUAUCCAGCAAGCGCUGAGAUGUUACUGGCUGCUUUUCGCUACUUUGACAAAGAAGGCUGUGGGUACCUCACUAAAGAAAGAUUUACUCAGUUGAUGAUUGAAGAAGGCGAACCAUUCACUCAGGAGGAGCUUGAUGAAAUGAUGCAAACUGCUUUGGACCCUGUUACAAAUACUAUCACAUACGAAUAUUAUAUUAAUCAACUCAUGGUAGCUCCAAGAAACGUAUACGAAAUAGCUUACAAGUUAGAAGAAGAAAGAAAAAGACUGGAAGAGGCCGCUGCUAAGAAAAGAGACGCCACUUCCUUAUUGCGUUCUCUUCAGAAUUAA